AUGGAGUUUACUGCGACAAGCAGUAGGUUUUCUAAAGGAGAGGAGGAGGUGGAGGAGGAGCAGGAAGAGGCGUCGAUGCCGCGCGAGAUCCCUUUCAUGACAGCCGCGGUCGCCACCAGCGCCGCCGCGCCUUCUGCUUCUGCGUCGGCCUCGACACCCGCGUCAGCGGCCGUGUCUGCGUCGCCGGCUGGAAGUAGCCCUCCCUUUCGGUCUGGGGAUGACGCCGGAGCGUCGGGGAGCGGGGGCGGCGGCGGCGGCGUGGCGGAGGCGGUGGAGAAGGAGCACAUGUUCGACAAGGUGGUGACGCCGAGCGACGUGGGGAAGCUGAACCGGCUGGUCAUCCCCAAGCAGUACGCCGAGAAGUACUUCCCGCUGGACUCGGCGGCCAACGAGAAGGGCCUCCUGCUCAACUUCGAGGACAGCGCCGGGAAGCCAUGGCGCUUCCGCUAUUCCUACUGGAACAGCAGCCAGAGCUACGUCAUGACCAAAGGGUGGAGCCGCUUCGUCAAGGAGAAGCGCCUCGACGCUGGGGACACCGUCUCCUUCUCGCGCGGCGCCGGCGAGGCCGCGCGACACCGCCUCUUCAUCGACUGGAAGCGCCGGGCCGACACCAGAGACCCGCUCCGCUUGCCCCGCCUCCCGCUUCCGAUGCCGCUAACGUCGCACUACAGCCCGUGGGGCCUCGGCGCCGGCGGCAGAGGGUUCUUCAUGCCGCCCUCGCCGCCAGCCACGCUCUACGAGCACCGUCUCCGUCAGGGCUUCGACUUCCGCGGCAUGAACCCCAGUUACCCCACAAUGGGGAGGCAGGUCAUCCUCUUCGGCUCGGCCGCCAGGAUGCCUCCGCACACACCAGCACCACUCCUCGUGCCGCGCCCGCCGCCGCCGCUGCACUUCACAGUGCAACAGCAAGGCAGCGGCGCCGGCGUAAGUGUAACCGCAGGGUCCCCAGUGGUGCUCGAUUCGGUGCCGGUAAUCGAAAGCCCGACGACGGCAACCAAGAAGCGCGUGCGCUUGUUCGGCGUGAACCUUGACAACCCGCAGCAUCCCGGCGAUGGCGGGGACGAGUCGAGCAAUUAUGGCAGUGCACUGCCAUUGCAGAUGCCCGCAUCAGCAUGGCGGCCAAGGGACCAUACGCUGAGGCUGCUAGAGUUCCCCUCGCAUGGUGCCGGUGCCGAGGCAUCGUCUCCGUCGUCGUCGUCGUCUUCCAAAAGGGAGGCGCAUUCAGGCUUGGAUCUCGAUCUGUGA